UCAAAACUUUUAUAUCCAAUUAUCUUAUAACAAUGAGAGAGAAAGAGGAAAAUGUAGAACUUUUUAUGUUUAUUGCAAAGAUACAAACCUAUGGAAACCAUGAAAGAAAAAUUCCUUUUUAAACCCUACAAUAGAGUAUUAUUUUCGAGUUUAUCAAAACAAGAUCGCAAGCUUUGGCUUUUAAAACAGUUUUCACUAUUUGAGCGAGAAAUUCAAAAUUUCAUUAAAGAAAAAAAUGGGUUGGUUGAACAACUCUAUAAAAGAUUAAAAAAAGUUACACAACGAUGGGCUUUUUGGAAUCACAAAAACUUUGGACCAGUAGUUUCGAGAGAACAAGUACGCCAUCUACGCUCUUGGGAUAUACAAAACCAACCUAAAUUAGAACAUAAGGAUAAUAUAAUGGACGCGUUGGAAAGGUUUGAGUGCUAUUGCAAAAAGUCUUUCCUUCUUUUAAGAGGCUUUCGUGAACAUAUUUAUACUCCACUAUGUGAAUAUCUCUCUGUAGAAAAUGAAUCAAUUGAUGCCGAUGAAAACUUUAAGUCUCUUGAUAAGUGUCUAGCUAGAUGGGAAUACUUACUUCAAAACAACAAUUUCAACAAAAAAGCACUCACUAAACAAAGUUUGAAAUUUCUUAAUGUCAACUUACCUAUGAGAAAAACUGAAAACGAUUUAGUAUUAAGACUAAUUCCAGAUUUAAUUGAAUCAAAGUUACAAGUGCUGAAUGGUGCGCAUAGAUCAUUAGGAGACAAAACAACAAACUUUGAUAGAAGUGUCACUUACAUACUUCCGCCGUUGUUACAAAAAGAAACUGCUGAUGCUGUGUCUAUUGACCCAUAUAAAUACCAACAAACUAUCCAAUUAAUUCCACAGUACAAUGAAAACUGCUGUAAUCCAUCAAAUUUUCAACAGUUAACUGAGGAGUUAGAUUACACUAGGCAACGUUGUGUAACGUUGGAAGCUGAAGUUGAAUCUUUAAAGAGUGAUUGUAAAAAAUUAGAGGAACAACUCGAAAGUUCGCUAAAUACAAACAUAUCAUCAAAGUUCUGCAAUACAAAAGUAGAAAAUAUCUUAGUAUGCAAAGAGAAUCAACCAAAGCAAUUUAAUCAAUGUGAUGAUGAAUCGCGUCGCAUUGCAAAUGAAUUAUAUCGCGUCAAAGCUUCUUAUAGCUCUCAGAAAAUCAAGUACUUAAAUGCAAAAAAAAAAAUUAAAGUUUUAAACAAACAGCUGGACCUAUUUAAUUACCGCAUAUCAAAUAUGGUAAAAAAUUAUCAAGAAAGAAAUUCCAACAUUAAUGCAGACUCGCAUAUACCUUUAAAAAAAAACAACAAGCAAGAACAUAAAACUAUUAAUUUACAGAAGCAAUGUUUACAUUUUAAAAAUGAUCUUGAUAAAAUGAUGGUACAUAGCAAUAAAAACUCUGCUACGUCUAACGGAUUGGACGCAGCAUUCCAAACAAGACAUACACAUAGUUCCCAGAUAAUAAAGGAGCAGUGUCAAACAAUCAAAGGAGAAACGGUGCACAUUAAAGAAAAAGUGGAGUACAAAGCCAAUAAUUCAACUCAGAAUCGAUCAAAAAACAACUUAUUAUAUAAAGAAAAUCCGAGUAAAAAUAAUAAAAUAACAACUACUGAUUCGACAAAGUUGAAUGAAAGUAACGAAUACGGUUCAAACAGUUUUAAAGAAAAUAUGUUCCCUAACAUUAACCUUUCAAAAAAGAUGUAACAAAAGUGUUAUAGAAAAAGUAUAUAUAAAACAAUAAAUAAAACUUUCACAUUUAUAUAUUAUAUAUAUACAUAUAUAUUGUUUAAAAGCUUGUUAUAUUUUAAAAAACAAAUUUUAACAACGCUUUUACCCGCUGGGAAAUAAGCUAGCGGCUAGAUAGCUUUAUAGCAAUUUUUGAAGUGGUUUUUUUUUCGCUCA